CAGCCUGCCCUGCCCUGCCCUGCCCGGCGCUCCCAGCCUUUCCCUGUUCUCCCUGCUCUUGGAGUUCUCUCGGCUCCUGCCACAAGGAUGAAAGCAUCAUUCUGAGAUGGGAGAUGUGGAGGAAGAACCGGGACUAGCUAUCCAGCUAAGGCUUCGUGACCUGUUUUGAGUGAAGAUGAAUGUUUCUUCCAGGAUGAUGUAACUAGAGGAUCCAGGUCUAGGCAGACGCUACCAUGGGAGCCAACACUUCAAGCAAAGCACCAGUGUUUGAUGAAAAUGAGGAUGUCAACUUUGACCACUUUGAAAUUUUGCGGGCCAUUGGGAAAGGCAGUUUUGGGAAGGUCUGCAUCGUACAGAAGAAUGACACGAAGAAGAUGUAUGCGAUGAAGUACAUGAAUAAACAAAAGUGUGUGGAGCGCAAUGAAGUGAGAAACGUCUUUAAGGAGCUCCAGAUCAUGCAGGGGCUGGAGCACCCUUUCCUGGUGAACUUGUGGUAUUCCUUCCAAGAUGAGGAAGACAUGUUCAUGGUGGUGGACCUGCUGCUGGGUGGGGACCUGCGUUAUCACCUGCAGCAGAAUGUCCACUUCCAGGAAGACACCGUGAAGCUCUUCAUCUGCGAGCUGGCCAUGGCCCUGGACUACCUGCAGAGUCAGCGUGUCAUUCACAGGGAUAUGAAACCUGACAAUAUUUUACUUGAUGAACAUGGGCACGUGCACAUCACCGAUUUCAACAUCGCCGCAGUGCUGCCCAGGGAGAUGCACAUCACCACCGUGGCUGGCACCAAGCCUUAUAUGGCACCUGAGAUGUUCAACUCCAGAAAAGAAGGCGGCUAUUCCUUUGCUGUUGACUGGUGGUCCCUGGGAGUGACAGCGUACGAGCUGUUGAGAGGCCGGAGACCAUACCAUAUUCGCUCCAGUACUUCCAGCAAGGAAAUUGUACACAUGUUUGAGACUGCUAUUGUGACUUACCCUUCUGCCUGGUCACGGGAAAUGGUGUCACUUCUUAAAAAGCUACUUGAACCUAAUCCAGACCAACGAUUUUCUCAGCUGUCUGAUGUUCAGAACUUCCCAUUUAUGAAUGAUAUUAACUGGGAUGCAGUUUUGCAGAAGAGGCUCAUUCCAGGUUUUAUUCCUAAUAAAGGCAGGCUGAAUUGUGAUCCCACCUUUGAACUCGAAGAGAUGAUUUUGGAGUCGAAACCUCUUCACAAGAAAAAGAAGCGUCUAGCAAAGAAGGAAAAGGAGAUGAGGAAAUGUGAUUCCUCUCAGGCAUGUCUUCUUCAAGAGCACCUUGAGUCUGUUCAGAAGGAAUUCAUAAUCUUCAACAGAGAAAAAGUAAAAAGGGAUUUUACUAAAAAGCAAGCACAUCUAGCCUUGGAACAAACCAAAGACCCACAAGGACAGGAUGGCCAGAAUAACAACCUGUGAAGCCUACAGCAUCUUCCUGAGGCACUUCUCAUUAUCCACAUCCAGAAGAGCUGACGGAGUUCUCACCACUCUACACCUCAUGACUUAGAAAAUCUGAGCGAAUGUCUUUCUAAGGAGGCAGCAGGAUGCAGUGCGGAGUCCUGGGCCUGAGCUCCCGGGAUCUCGUUUCACUGCAAACUAACUGCGCGAUCUUGAGCACGUCACUUAACCAUUUUCUCUACUUCAGUUUAGUUAUAUAAAAUGGGAGGGUUAUUCUAGAUGAGCCAUAUCCUCCCUGCCUUUUUAGAGCUACAACUGUUAUUUGAAACAGCCUUUAUUUUUAUUUUACAAGGAAUAUUUGGAUGUAGAUUAAUUUUUCCAUUCCUUCUAAUUCCAUAGUAACAAAAUGGGCAAAUGGACACAGGACACAGUGAGACUUUUCAGACCUAGAAAACUUCUAAAAAAGUCAGAGUCACCAAAUCCAACUAGAGAUAGCAAUAAGGAAUUCCAUCAAGAAGAAAUGAAAUGGGAUCAGAUUAAAAGUAACAUAGAUUUAUGAGGGCUUGCAGUGGUGUGCUGGAGUCAGCCUCACAUCAGCCAGCAGGAGCCUGCCGUGUAUAUCACUGUCCAACUCCCUUUCAGUAAUGUGAAGUUGUUAACUUGAAGUUGGUGAUAAUACGGGUAUUUGCAUUAUAGAAAAUAGCAAAUGCUACAAAUCAAGACUUAUUUUUUCCCCCUUCUAGCAAGGCGGUAGCUAAAUAUUAGCACACCAUUUCUCCUGUUUCCAAUAACCAUGUUCCUUGAGGACUAAUUGUCCUUCGAGGGUUAGCAGAGACCUAUAUCUGGAGAGGAUCAGCCACACGAAAGCAUGUCCACCUUGCGGUUUAGAGAAGUUACCUCAUACACAGGGGUUAUAGUCUAAGUUAGAAGUGAAUUUAGAAGAUAGUAAAAUUUACCCUUGAAAAAUCCUUCCAAUUACCUAUAACCUAUGGGAAGAAUCUUUCUUGGGUGAAGCCCAAUGCGGUAGAGUCACCCCUCAAUAAUGAAACAAGUCAUUGUUUUUAUUUUGUUUCCAUUUUGUUCUUUAUUUUUACUUUUGGUCUCAUUUUAGCUAAUACCAGAUGAACUAAAAUGUUGAGCAUAUUACACACGUCUUUAUAGAUUAGAAUUGCUCUUAGAACAGCGGGAUGUUCACACAUCUGAGCAGUGUAAGUUCAUGGAGACGAACAGACCAGUGUCCUACUUGUUCUUACUGCAGGGAUGGGAGGUAGAAUUGCGUAAUUAUUUAAAAUAUCAUUGACAUGUCACUCUUUGUUUUUAAUAUUUCGUUUGUUGAUUUUCCAAGCUCAAAAUUUAAUUUGCGUAGGUGAAGAUGUGCAUAUGCUGUGACUCCACUCCACUGAUACACAGAUCUUUGCAGAACUAUUUUUGACAACCCACAGAUGCCACUGGGUAGGGUCAAGAAGUGAACCAGCUUAGUGGGGACUUUUCUAAGCACUAGACUGCUCACAUCACCUACAUCUGUCCUUACUACUCAUGGAGAGAAUAGGCCUCUCUGAGAUGGCAAUAACGGGCAACAGGGAAGAGCAGACUGACACCCAUUUGUAAGCCAGACAGGUGGAAACAGCACUAAGAGAGAUGGUGGCCUGCUGCAGGAGACUUAUCUAGAAAGGAGGUCACACCGCAGCAUCCGAGUAUGAGCAGAGCAGAGAGCCAGAGCUAAACUUGUUUACCUUUGCUCCUCACUGAGCGAACAGGCCCAGAAUUUCUUACAGAGCUGUGAAAUAUUGCCUCUCUCUGUUAAAAGCAACCAUAUUUUUGUUAAAGAAUUAAAAGCCAACUUUUUUGUUCUGUUUGUUUAAUUCCUUUUCUCUAUAGUUUGCCCACAUUAUUUGUCUAUGCUAUUUUAUUUAUCUCCAAACUGUGUAAACGCUGAACACUGGCCCUGAUACAGUUUCAGAGAGGGUAGUGGGUUGAAAAGAGCUGCCUAAGAAAGUGGCCAGAUUCUGCUCCAGGGCUGGUAACCCCCAGAGUGUCAGGCGCCACUUGCAUGUUCACCAGCUUCCAUCUCCCACGUGUUGUGACUCCAGCCAUGAUGCCUUAUGUGCUGUGGGCGUGCCUUCCUCAUCACCUGGUUCCUCCUCUUUCUGUGACCUUGUUGGCAUUCCCCUGAAGGAGAGGCUGUGGGAAACUUUUCUGUUCUCGUGCUUAUUAACAAAGGGCACUGGGACUAUUCGGUUCGCUGUCACGAUGAGAGAGAAUUUUUAGUGCCAUUUCACGUGAGUACAACUUACAGCGGGAACAAAUACAAUUUCUGUAGUCUGACUCCUCAGUUCUUAUUUCCAUUAAGCUGCUUCCUUGGACACACUGAUUAGAGAGCAGUGUCAGAGAGUAAGAUGGGUUUCGAUCCUAGCCAGGUGGCAGACACGCAAUGUGUUACAAGUUAGACAAGAAAAACCACCGUCUCUGACAUUGCAGAACAACCGAUUCUAAGCACUUCCUACCCCUGUGCAUUCUAAACACAAAAACCAAAAAGGUUUCUCAAAAUUAAAACCUUUCCUAAAUCUUUCUAGUUACUGUUAGUUGUUGAAAUUAUAUCCUUUGGUUUUAUUCCAUUACUGGAACUAAAAGAAAUACGUUCCCCACGUUCCCAGCUGGAACAUAGCUCACCUAGACUUGUGACAACCAAGGCUCAGGGCUGAGAAUUUUAAAAACUGAGAUGACUGUUAGAUCUUAUGUCUGGUGUCCCUGAAUCUUUUUCUUCUGACAGCUUCCUGCCUUACCUAGAUGGAGCAUCUGGAAAGGCUGAGCAAGCUUUGAGGUCCAGGAGCACCCUGAUUAUAACGCUCUUGCACUGUAGCAGGACUGCCCCCCUCUAGUGCAUUUUUUGGGAUCUCUAGUGGAUGAGCAGGGCAGCUGCACCCUGCCACUUCGGCCACUAUCUGAAUUCCAUGGAAGAAAAUGCUCUGCUAAUGGCUGACCCUCCUCCACGCAGCACUGGUUCUGCCUGAGGUCACUGUUAGGGCAGGAAUGAACGUCAGGCAGCCCAGAACAGCACCACGUUAAUCCAGUGAAGUCAUGGUUAAGCUUUCUCUGAUAGGAAAGUUUUAAUCAGAAGCACCUAGACUUUGUAGCAUCAUGGCUUUUGUAGUCUGGAUGAAUAGAUAAAUAUUAAUAACUAGGAAGAAAGAGUACUAAUCAGCUAGCAGGGACCAGUGUUGCUGCUUGUGGCUGACCUAGUAACACUCAGGCUUUUAUGCUUCAAAAGCUGAAAUGAAAAGCAUUGUGAGUUUGUUUCAGUACCCAGUUGUCCCUGUAUUCUGUUUAUUCAAAACCCUGUUUCCUACUCUGUCUGCCCGUGAUGAGUGUUUGUAUAAAUACAGUGUGUCUGAUUGGUAUUAAACACUGAUAUUAAAACUCCAAACUUCAGUUGUCUGGCAGCGCUUGAAUGGAAAACAAGCACUUGUGUUGAGCUGUAGCAUGUGUAACGUAGAUGUGCCUGUGUGUAUUAAAAUGUCUUCUGUAAACAGUAAGCCACUGACCCUUCUUUGUCAGUUCUCUGUGUGUGUAUUUAAUUGUUUUCCCUAGAGGUAGCACUGGGGUUGGCCAAAGUUACUUGCUCUUAAUUUCUAUUCCUGCGAGCAAUGUCCCUUACUAGAGACAAGUUAGUGCUGAGAUGACGUUCAAUAACUAUGGAAUGAAGCGCAAAUUAACUGAUCCAUAUGUAUAAAAACUAAAAAAAAAAAAAAAAAAAAAGCAAAAAAUCCCCCCCCCAAAACCAACCCCUCUGGCGUUUAUGUCUCAGGGAAUAUACCCUGCCUUUCACUGUGACCCUCAGUCCGUGGGCAGUCUGUGCACCUCUUUUUUCGGCACCCGGCCUUCCUAACCCUCCCCAUCUUUUGUCCUGUCGCAUUCCAUACACCUAAGCAGAAGGCAGAUGUUCCAAGGCCCACGAUCUGGGGCAGGAAGUUAGCAGGCAGCUCAGAAUUUCUGCAGCAGGAAUAAGAGAAUGAAGGGAGACUAUGUUAACCAGUGUGAUGAAAGUGUGUCAAAUGGUCUGCGAAGCUAGUGAAUGAUGCCCCAUGAUCAUAUCAAUGUACUCAGCUAUGAUUUAAUAAAAAAAAAAGAGAAUGAAGGGACCUGCCAGCUUCCUCUCAGACCCACAGUAGCUCUGCAGCCCGCACACCACUGGCUCGCUGAGCUUGUCCUGCAGUGAGAGAGCUCUCACAUGCUUUGUGGACUCUAAA